CCACGGAAUAACAACCCGUCUCUCUGCCAGUAUAAAGAAACCUGGCCAGUCUUUUCCUAUACUGUAUCGUGCAAAUCGCUUUAUUGAACCAACCUCUAUCUUCCUCGGAUAUGUCUACCCCGUCCCCAGUUCACGCCCCGGAGCAUAUCCUCCAGCUCCUGGCCAAACUCCACCGCAUCUCCCUCGAACAAGAGGCCGCCAUCUCCAACAAGGGCAAAGUCUUCUCAUCCGAAAUCCUCGGCGACCUGAAGGACAAAGUCGGCGGCCAAAACUCCAAGUCUGCCUUUGACCGGUUGAUGCUGGACAAGUUCAUCGCGCUCGACGAGGAUAAGUGCCAGUUUCUGUACCAGCUUAUCAAUGCGAUGGGCGCCACCAAUGUCGUUGAGGCUGGAACAAGCUUUGGGGUUAGCACGAUCUACCUCGCCCUCGCUGUUGCCCAGACAAAGGCUGCCACGGGCAAGCCGGGUGUUGUGGUUGCGACGGAGAAGGAGGCGGAGAAGGCUGCGGUUGCGCGCAAGUACUGGGCCGAGUGUGGUGAAGUCGUGACAAAGCAGAUUGAGCUUCGCGAGGGAGAUCUGCUUGAAACUCUCAAGACAGGCUUGCCGCAGAUUGACCUGCUCCUUCUUGAUAUUUGGUCUGCUCUCUCUCUCCCUACUCUCAAGACCGUCCAGCCCUACCUCCGACACGGCGCGGUGGUGCUCACUGAUAACACCAUCUCGGGUGCCAAGGGCUAUGCAGAUUUACUUGCGUAUCUGCGAGACCCCGAGAAUGGAUUCCGCAACAUGACUCUGCCAUUUACUAACGGGUUCGAAAUGAGCGUGUACUUGCCAGGGGCGAAAUAAGUUUCUUGUUUUUCUGUACUUUGAUGAAUUACCAAUGCUUUUAUUUUUGCUUUACCUGCCAUAACUCGCAUAGUAUAUCUACAUCACAUAAGAC